AGUUUAUAGUUAUUUUGUUGAUUUAAUUUUUCUUUUUUCAAAUUAAUCCCAAAUGUUUUGUAACAAAGAUAAAGGAAUAGAAUAUCAGGUCACUAUUGUUAACCUUGAGGCCUUAUUCCACCCAUCAAAUUUUCAGAAUCUAUAUUAUAUAAAAUUAUAAAAUUAUAAAAUUAAAAAGAAAAAUAAAAAGUUCAGAAUCUCUCCCAAUCUCAGGCUCUCUCAUCAGGAACACAGCAAUAUUUACAUAACAUCCAAAAAAAUUUCUCCAAAUAGAUCAAAUUCGUCGAGGAAAGGACACUGCUCGGACGACUUUCCUCUCAGUUGCGAGAGAAAUCCGAUACAACGUUGCCUCUGUUCAUAAAUCGCCUUCCAGAGAGAUGAAGCAAGCGGGCGUGCCCACGUUGGAUUUGUUUCUUGUUGUUCUCCUGGCGGCAGCGACAUUUAAGCCCAUCUCUUCUUUGCCAUCUACUAUUCCUGCAUUUCUCUGGUCCCCUCACCAUCGCCACGGGUUUUCUAACAACAUUCUAGAAAAAUAUGUUGAUUAUCAGACCAUUUCCCCACAGGAGCUGGCGAAGUCUGUUCUAAAUGAAGGAGGCUGGUCACAACUUCUGUGCACGGGAAAGGAAGUAAAGCAGCCUGUGGAUCUUGCAAUAAUCUUUGUUGGUUCCAAGUUGCAGUCAGAUUUCACAUCAAGCAGGCACGUGGAUCCAAAUCUUAUGGAUUUACUUAAGGUCUCUUUCUCAAGGUCUAACUUCUCCAUGGCCUUUCCCUAUGUGGCUGCACCAGAAAGGGGUGCAGUAGAAAAGUUAUUGAUCUCAGAAUUCAAACAAUCGUGUGGGCAUGACCUCAGAAUCAGCAAUAGUGCUUUCCAGGAGUUGUCCUCUGUUGAGGAUGAAUCAUUCCAGAAACUUCCGCUGCUGCCACAUUCGAUUAAUGAUUAUAUGGUUUCAAGAAUGGAAAACAAGCCAGAGGGAGAGACAGAAUUGGUCAUUUUCUCUCAUGGAGAUUUCAGUUCUCCUGAAGAAGGCAAUCCAUGGACUUCUGAAAGCAAAACUUUGUCGGAGAUAAUGACUUCUGCGGAGCAUGUUGGGGCAAAGUAUGAAAUUCUCUAUAUAUCAGAUCCCUUUAGGUCCAUUCGCCAUUCCUAUGUGGAGCUAGGAAGAUUUAUGGCUGAAGGUUCAUCUGGAAAUGGAUCAGCUAAAUCAGAAAGUUUGUGUGAUGAAGUCUGCCAAAUUAAAUCAUCUCUUCUUGAGGGCCUCUUUGUUGGGAUCGUUUUGCUUAUAAUCCUAUUAUCAGGCCUUUGCUGUAUGAUGGGUAUUGACACUCCAACGAGAUUUGAGACACCUCAAGAUUCUUAAAAAACCUCGUUUCUCAGAAUCAUUGCAUGAAUUUUCUGGUGAUGUUUGAGGAAAGGAAAAAGGUAAAGCUGAUGAUGAUACCAUUAAUAUGUCAUGCUAGAUGUUACGGUAUUCUUUCUUAAACUCGUUUUCUUGUGGCAUGGUCUUUUGCUAUGCUUACUGGCUGGCAGCUUGUAGUGUUAUGUAUGAAUAUUAAAAGCAUUUUGGUUUGUUCUUCUUAACACUAUUAUGCGAUUUCAUUUAAGCAAAGGAGAAAAAUAAAGAUGUGUUAUUCCAUCA